GUGUGAGAAGGAGGUUUUAAGGCAGGUAGACAACAUCCUGUUGUUCCGGCGCUCCUCUCUCUUUUCUGCACAGCUGGCUGAACUGGGAGUCAGGUGGUUGACUAGUGCCCCGGGCUGCAGCAGCGGCUCCAUCUCCUACAGUCCCAGGCCUCCGCCGGCUCAGGAGUUCCCCAGGCCAUGGACGCGGUGGCUGUGUAUCAUGGCAAAAUCAGCCGGGAGACAGGGGAGAAGCUCCUGCUUGCCACGGGGCUGGACGGCAGCUAUUUGCUGAGGGACAGCGAGAGCGUCCCGGGCACGUACUGCCUGUGUGUGCUGUAUCAAGGUUACAUUUAUACAUACCGAGUGUCCCAGACAGAAACAGGUUCUUGGAGUGCUGAGACAGCACCUGGAGUACAUAAAAGAUUUUUCCGGAAAAUAAAAAAUCUCAUUUCAGCAUUUCAGAAGCCAGAUCAAGGUAUUGUAAUACCUCUGCAGUAUCCAGUUGAGAAGUCCUCAGUUAGAAGUACACAAGGUACCACUACAGGGAGAAGAUCCUGAUGUCUUCCUGAAAGUACCUGAAGAAAAAUAAAACACCUUGUACUUUAUUUUCAAUAAUUUAAAUAUAUGCUAGGUUUUAUAUAUUGUAGAUAAUACAGUUCAGUGUGCUACAGAUGUAUUUCUAAAACCAUCAUAGUCCUGUAAUGGAAGCAACUUGCAUGAUGUGAAAGCUGAAAUGGACUUUGUUGGAUAUGAAGAGCUUUGACAUGAGGAUUGGGAAAGAAUAAUAAUUUUCAGAUUAUUUUCAGUUACUAUAUUUACAAAUGGGAAACCAUUUAAAACAUAAUAAUACUUUAUAAAAGAUUAAUGUCAAUUCUUGCCAAAUAUAAAAAUGAUCCUCCAUUUUUCUCAAAAGCUCCAUUUUUAGUGAAAUAUCGAUGGCUACUGAUUUGAGACUGUCUUCCUUGGUUAUGCGGCAGGAAGCUGGUUUGUGCCCCUAAGCUUUGUCACGUGCAUUCUACAUUAGGUAUUAUUCUCUCCACUAGCUAUGCUGUUGUAGGCUCUUUGGGGCUUUAUGGAGCUGUACAAUGUGCGCUAAAAGAAGUACUAGAUAAAUAGUGAAGAAUUUCUGUUUAAUUCUGAGAGCGACCUUCUUGCCUAGUGUUCUGCUGUUGGAUAGUAAAAUCCAUAGACCAAUCUGGAGUUUAAAAAUCCCGUAAUUGAAAACAUGCUGUACAGGUUUAUUAUAUUUGAUGAUAUAGGAUUUGAAAUCAUAUGAUAAAUCCAAUGAAGUGGGCUUUCCUACCUCUGCCCCAGUUGUUUCUACUCCGUGUGAAACCUCCUUUUGAAGGACAGCAGCAGCAGGAGCUCUCAGCCCUGGGCAUGAGUAGCUGAUUGACAAGCAGCCUCCCAAUUAGGUAGCCCUACAAAGACCACUGGAAAGUUUAUGGCUUUCAAGUUGACUUUUAACAAUUGCAAGUGAUUGCAACCAAAGUGAGAGCCCAGACUGGACACAGUGACAGGUAUUUGUAUCUUCUCACAUUUAUCUUUUUAUGACUCUUGUGAUUUGAUUAUGUGCCAAAUUGCUUCCGGGCUCGUAAAAUUAAUUCACUGGACAAACAAUGAGCACUGGGAUUGAGAAGUAAAAACACCUGGUUCCUGUGCUCAGGCAGCUCACUGUCUAGUUGGACAAGAAAACAAGAGCAAUGAAAGACCAUAAAAGAAAUGAACAAUGAGAAGACAAAAAUAACAAUAAAAGGUCAUAAGCAGAUGUUAAGUGAGGUUCCCAAUGUGUAGGCAGAUCUGUCUUUAGAGGAGAAGGAGGCAACACAAAUAGUCUGGUCCAUGGUCCAUAGGAAAGGGCUUUCACUGUAGACUAAUAAAUUGGAAUUCUGGGUUGUACAUUAGUUGGGGUGAGCUUACUUAAUAACUAGUGAACUACCUAUAGACAGAGCUACUCUGUGCUGGUAAGAUCUGAUUUCUGAGCAUUUAACAUGGAUGCUAUGGGAGUAUGAAGGUGGAGUAUAGCUACAAUAAUGCAUUGGGGCCAUUUACUAUUUAUAAAAAUAAAGUCACCACUUUAACUUGUGGAAUUUUGAAAGCUGACUUUCAAAAUAAAAUGCCAUCUGUUUAGAUAAUUUUAAAUUAUUUGUAGCUUGGUUUUAAAUUUU